AAUAUUAUCAAUAUCUUUUCACCUUUUUAUCUCUCGGAGAGACCGUGUCGUUAAACUCCCUUCUAUCGUUUCACAAUGAACCUCCUUUUAGAGAAGCAUCCAAAUAAAAAUUACGAGCAAGAUGUGAAGUACGUCACCAAGCAAAGCCACUUUCUUCUACGAAUACUUGGCAUUUGGCCUCUGCUCGACAGAAACUUAUCUGUCGUUGAAACGAUCUGUAAAAUCCUUCUGAUAGUCAUUUGCUGCACUCUCGUGUGCUUCGAGGGCAUCCCCAGUAUGUUGUACUGCAUAUUCAUUACCGAGGAAGAACCGCGUGCCAAAUUGAGGAUGAUCGCUCCUACGAUCUACUCGUUCACCGCACUUGCCAAGUAUGGUGCUUUGAUUGUCUACGAGAACGAGAUCAGGAGUUGCUUAAGGCACAUAAAAAAUGACUGGAAGUUCAUCGCGGUAUUGAACGCGAGGGACAUCAUGAUAGAGAAGGCGAAGACUGGCAGGAGCAUGUUCACUAUUUGUUGUGCCUUCCUGUACUCUGCCGGUCUAUCUUAUCACACGAUCGUGCCGUUAUCCCGGGGAAAAGCUGUUACCCACGAUAACAUUACGAUCAGGCCGCUGGCCUACGCGGGUUAUUUCGUUCUGUUCGAUGAACAGCGCAGUCCUGCUUACGAGAUCGUGUUCUUGCUACAGUUCUUCGGCGGAUUCAUCAUGUAUUCCGUCACGAUCGUGACGUACGGACUCGCUGCGCUGCUCGUCAUGCACGCGUGUGCGCAGAUGAAGAUUUUGAUGAUAUUAAUGGAAGAGCUGGUCGACGAGCGGGAGAAAAAUGCGGAUGAGAAAUUGGCGGCGGUGGUCGAACGUCAGAUAAGGAUACGAAAUUUUCUGUGUCUGGUGGAAGACACGCUGCAAAAGAGUAGUUUGUUUGAAAUAUUAGGGAAUACCAUAAUGAUGUGUUUCGUGGGAUACUGUAUCUUGAUGGAGUGGCAAGAUGGAAAUACCGCGAAUGUGUGUACCUUUCUCGUUGCCCUAGCUUCCGAUACGGUUAAUAUUUUCCUUCUCUGCUACAUCGGCGAAUACAUAACAGCUACUGCAGACGAAGUAGCUUGGAGAACAAGUAAGCUAGAAUGGUAUCGUCUUCCAGCGAAGAGAACUCGUGAUAUGGUAUUGAUAAUAAUUGUAUCGCAUAUUCCGUCCAAGAUUACGGCAGGAAAAUUUAUUGUCCUCUCCUUGAAGACAUUUGGUGACGUGAUGAAAUCAGCAGUUGUAUAUUUCAACAUACUUCGCACAGUUGCCGAUUAAGCACCGAUAAUGAUUAUCGAAAUACAACUUGUUCAUCAUUGAAAUAUUAGAACGUGCAGUAAGUAUGAUUAGAUGAUAAUGUGAGUCUCACGGAAAAUAUGCAGAAUAACGAAGUUUCUCAUAAAUAUUAUAAUAUAUUUAUUUAUGAAAUAUCUAAUAGUGUGUCUUCUGAAACGAGAAAUAAGAUACUUUGCAAAAUAUAUAACUCGAUAAUUUAAUUAUUUAAGUAACUGGCCU